AUGCCUUCCAUCAACAAGACCAUCCUCAUUCUGGCCGCCCUUCAAGCCUUCACUGCUAUUGCAGCCCCCAUUCCUCAGCUCGCUGGAGAAGGCUCCGCUUGCAACUCUNNUCUGAGCAGCACCGACAACGGUGUUGACUACGGUAUCGAGAACGCCGAGGGUAAGUGUUUAUCAGUCCAGAUAUCAAUCGACAUACUAACCACACUCACAGACAACACUGCCUCCGCCAUCAGCAGAUUGGGCCGUCGUCAAUUGGUUGGCGAAGGCGCUGCCUGCGACUCUAUCCUCAGCAGCACUGACAACGGUGUUGGCUAUGGAAUCGAGAAUGCGGAAGACAACACGGCUGCCCUUAUCGGAGGAAGUUCUUCUAGCACUACCACUGGCUCAGGAAGCGGUGCUGCUGCGCCCGCACCUGCACCCGCACCAGCACCAGCACCAGCACCCAAGGGACCCAAGGCCAAGCGUCAAGGCGACAAGAUUGCCAACGGUUUGGCUGAUGUCCUCAGUGCCGCCCAGCUGGGCCAAGUUGCUGAUGUCGAGAAGAACGUCGGUGACGACGCUGAUGGUGAGCUCACCAGCGGCGUCGCCAAUGCCGGCGCUCAACUCGGCAGUUCUGAGGAGUCCACNCUCGAGGGUAUUGGCAGGGCGAUCCCCAAGGUCAAGCGCCAGGGAGACAAGAUUGCCAAUGGUCUUGCCAACAUCAUCGCCGCUACUGGUCAGAACGACCUUGCAGAGAUCGAAAAGAGCAACGGUGACACCCUUGAUGGUCAACUCACCAGUGAUGCUGCCAAUCUUGGCGCCCAGGUUGGUGCUUAUGAGGAGAAGACCCUUGAAAACGCUGGCAAGAUGAUUCCCAAGUGA